GAAAGAGGCACUUUCUUGUGCAUAGUGAAAUGUGAGUUGUUUCCUAUAUCUUUGUUGCCUAUUUAACUUCCCAACCUAUUAUAGGGCUAUCGGGAUAUUCAUUAUGAUGAUUUUUAUCCCGGAAAUGGGAAGUAUUCUGGCUGAUUGGUGCCUGUCUAAGAAAUCUUGAGCUGAGUCCUGUCCUCCACAACACCACCAGGAGCUGCUUGAGGCGAGAAAUCCGGAGUGAAGAGGGACUUGGGACUGACGGCUGUUUAUCGCGUCACCGUGGACUACCGAUCAAAUGACCACCAUAUCGAAAUUUGCGCACCGUUACAUUGUCCUGGAGUGAAUCAUUAUCAUCAAGACUAUAAUGUGAGAGACAUUUCGGACUCGGUGAUGUUUUGAGGUGUUAGUCUACACAGCUGUCCGGGAAAGAUGGCGAGAGCUGCCAUUAGCGUGUCUAUAGCCGUGGUGUUUUUGGGAUUAGCGAUUUUUACUGUCAAACUUCCCUCCGUAAAAGGAGAGAUGCAAGAAGAACAGCAGGAGGAGAGGUCCUGUCAAGGUGCCUUCGAUUUAUACUUUGUCCUCGACAAAUCUGGCAGUGUCAAACACCACUGGAUAGAGAUCUACUCCUUCGUGGAGCAGCUGGCUGAGAAGUUCCUCAGCCCCAUGUUACGGAUGUCCUUCAUCGUCUUCUCCACUAGAGGAACCACCAUCAUGAAACUGACAGAGAGCAGGGAGUCCAUUAACAGAGGUCUAACCACGCUGAGGAGGGAGGCGCCAGGAGGAGACACCUUCAUGAACCUUGGCCUGGAGAAGGCCAACGAACAGAUACACUAUGAGAACCAUGGGACAGCCAGUGUGAUCAUUGCACUGACUGAUGGAGAACUGAAUGAGUGGCAGUUUGCUACUGCACAACGAGAGGCGCAGAGGGCACGGUCGCUUGGAGCCAUAGUUUACUGUGUGGGCGUCAAAGAGUUUAAUGAGACGCAGCUGGCUACCAUAGCAGACACCCUGGAGCAUGUGUUCCCUGUCUGGGGGGGUUUCCAAGCCCUCAGGGGCAUCAUCAACUCGAUCAUUAAGAAGUCCUGCAUUGAGAUUCUAGCUGCUGAACCGUCCAGUGUGUGUGCAGGAGAGUCGUUUCAGGUGGUAGUUCGAGGGAACGGUUUUCUCCACGCCAGAAACACCGACCAGGUCCUCUGUAGCUUCAAACUCAACGACACACACACUCAGGAUGAGAGGCCUGCUGGUGUAGAGGAAACUUUCCUGCUCUGUCCUGCUCCUGUUAUAAAGGAAGUAGGAAGGGUGAUCUAUCUACAGGUCAGUAUGAAUGAAGGACUCUCCUACAUCACCAGUUCUGUUCACAUCACCACCAUCGAAUGUUUUGAUGGGACCCUCCUGCUGAUCUCAUUGCUAGUUCUGACACUUUUGUUGGGCUUGCUGUUCAUGUGGUGGUUCUGGCCCCUCUGCUGCACCUUGGUCAUUAAAGAGCCCCCACCACCUCCUCCCCCAGAGCCAGAGUCUGAUGAUGAAGAUGGUAUGCCCAAAAUGCGAUGGCCCACAGUGGAUGCAUCCUACUACGGAGGGAGAGGGGUGGGGGGCAUCAAACGCAUGGAGGUGCGUUGGGGGGAUAAAGGCUCUACAGAGGAAGGGGCUAAGCUAGACAAGCCUAAGAAUGCAGUGGUGAAGAUGCCUGAACAGGAGUAUGAAGCGUACCAACCCAAACCACGCACACCCAAGCCCUGGAAACCUCCUCAGGACAGAAGGUGGUACACACCUAUACAGGGGAAGUUGGAUGCUCUGCGGGCUCUGUGUCGUCGAGGAUAUGAUCAGGUGUCCCUGAUGAGACCUCAGCCUGGAGACAAGGGUCGUUGUAUCAACUUCACACGCGUAAAAAACAAGGAGUCCAUUCGACCCCCUUCUGCCCGUCGCUCUCAAACCCUUCCCCCUCCUCCAGUUCAGAGGCCUCUAGUCCAACCGCCCUCUCCUCCCCCACACUCCACUCCUCCCUCCGUCUCCAUCCCUCCCUCCCGUGCCCCCCCGUCCAGCCGACUUCCCCCAGGCCCCCCUCCAGCCCGUGCACCCCCAGGCCCCCCUCCCUCUCGCCCGCCACCCAGGCCUUGAGGACAAGACAAACCCCUAUUACGCCCUCACAGUAGUAACACCCCCCAAAAACACUCUCCUCACACCACCAAGAGCAAAGGUAUUUAUUUAAUACACGGGUUCAGGCUUUGAUCUCAAAGGUUUGUUGCUGGACAGCAAAUAUCAUAUUUUGGUGAAUACCAAAUCAACUACUGAGUUCACAGUAAAUGCCUCUGGUCUUUAGGAGGUGCAGACAAAUUCUGUUUCCUCAAAUUGUGUUGUCUUAUGAACAGAAAUCCAAUUGUAAUGGUAUUGAAUCGUACAUGGAUUGAAUCGUAAAUAGGUCAACUCGGCCACAGAGGGAUAUUGUGAACCUUGACAUUGGAAGUUUACAAUAUCCCUCUGCUGGCCGAGUUGACAUAUUUAAAGAAAUGCCAUUGGUUGGUGGAGAAAAAGUUGAAUAUCUUUGAUAGGCUGAUGAGGAAUUAAAUGUAACCUCAAACUUAAACUUUAUAAUGUUUGUCUGGAGGCCAGGCUAAAGGUCCCUCACUAGAGACUAAAAUGAUAAUCUGCUUUGUGUUCAUCUGUUAACAGUGAAAAACAUUUUUGUCCAUCAUUAAAGCAUUUUCUUUCCAA